AAUAUAUCAACAAUGGAAAGUAUAAAUAUAUAAAUUUUGAUUUCGAUAAUAGUACGCAGAUUCUCUAUGCGUUCAGAUCGAUUAAGUAGACGCAAUCGAUACCUCUUAUAAUGCAAUCUUUUUUAUACAAAGUAAAUAACUGAUCUGAUUAAUUACGUUUAAUUUCAUUUUCAUUUUUUAAUUAUACAGUUUUAAACGAAUAUUCGAGUUUAAUUCAAUGAUAUAAGUAACGAUUUUUAGUUUUUAUUCUUAUUAUUAUUAGAACGCUACUAUUUAGUUCUGCCGUAUUGUCGAUAAUACAGAAUAUGAUACAGAAAUAGAAAAUGAGUACAGUUAUCGUGAUUUGUCGUUAAUUUUUAAUGUAAUCUGUCAAAGAAAGUAUAUACUAGUGUUUGUCCUGUGUGUAAAAAACAAAAUUGCAACAUCUUAUUGAACGAUCAAGUACACCUUACUGUUAACAGGCAAACAGUAAAUCAAUGAUGUUUGAUCUACCAUCAGAAUUGACUGCUAAACCAUUAGCUCUGAUCGGACUAUCGGGUUUAGAUGUAACAAAUACUAUCCAUCGAUCUAUUUGGGAUGCAUUUAGUAAUAAUCGCAGACCAGAUGGUACUACUGUUCAAUUUAAAUUAUUAGGACCAAAACAUGAAUUUCCUACUGUUAAACCAAAGAGAAAUUCAUAUGAAUGGUAUAUUCCUAAAGGAAUCUUAAAACGUAAUUGGAUGAACAAAUAUCUUAAUGAAAUUCCAGCAGUAGUUGUAGUCUUUUAUGAUUUGGAUUGGAAUGAUCCAUUGUGGAACGAAAAAAAGAUAGAAUGUGCCUCAAGAAUACAAUCACUCAGAGCUGCCUUAGAAGGUAGAAGUACAAAAGUAGCACUUGUAUUGAUACAAUGUGAUGUACCACCUCCUCCAGAUUCUGAAGAUAUAGUGGCAACAGAACGAGCAACUGCCUUGUGUGGUGCUUGUGAAUUACCACCUAAUUUACUUUAUGUAUUACCACAUGGUGAUCAUUUAUCAGGAUAUAUAUCUAGAUUGGAGACUGCAUUUUAUCAGUUGGCACAAAAUUUCUAUCAUCACGAAUAUCGUAUUAUUAGAAGUCACCGCGAUCAAUUAAAUAAAACUGUUCAUCAGUAUUUGUUUGUACGUCAUCAAUUUAAAAUGGGAUUCCUAAAUGAAUUAAAGCAAGAUCAACCUCAAAAGCAUUACGUCCAAGCAUAUCAUAAUCUCUUUGAAAUAAGAAUGGUAGACACUAAUGCAUUGGAAAUAAAAACUAUUGCUGGUUUUAUAAACUAUAAAAUAUGCAAGAUAAUGUUUAGUUUAAACCUUCCAAAAGAUGCUAUAGCACAGUUUAGACUUCACACAGAAAGGUUUAAACUAAAAACUGGUCCAAAGGAAUUGAUAUUUGAGCAUCAUGCUUGGAUGAGUAACCAGUUUUCAACAUUUGCAGAAUUAUUUGAUGAUGCAAUUCGACAAGGUCUUCCUGCAGUCCAAACUCAACAUCCUGGAUAUUAUUAUCAACUAGCUGCACAACAUGCAAGCUUGAGACAAUCGGCAUGUAAAGAGUUAUGUAAAAAUGUAAAUAGUUAUCCAGAUCUAGAUCCAUUAGCUGGGGAAGAAAAACUUGAAUUUUAUGGGCAACGACCAUGGCGUUCUGGAAAAUUAAAUGUAGAACCACUAGAUACUGUUAAAGAAGCAGCUGCUGUACAAGCAUUACAAUAUAAAGAGAAAACAACUGUAAAUCAUUCUAUGAUAAUCAUAGGUUUGCUGGGAAAUGCAAUUUCUCAAUUUAAAAUAUAUCGAUGUCCUAGAAUGCGCAGAUCAUUAGUUGUACAGAUGGCUGAAGAAUAUUAUAAUUCCCGAGACUAUGGAAAAGUUCUUACAUUAUUGAUGCACAUGUUAUGGGAGUAUCAUGGGGAGAGAUGGCCCGUCUUGCUCACAGAUAUCAUAAAAAAUGCUUUACGAGCUGCAUAUUUAUCCACAAGCAUUCAAGACUACCUCACUUUAUCUUUUGAAGCUUUAGGACCUUCUACAACAUUUACUAAAGAUCAGCAAACUAUUGUUUAUGCAAACAUUAUUAAUAUUCUUCAGAAACGGCCACCGCAUCCGGAACCAGAUUUACCAGAUGAUCUAAAACGUGUUGCAUUAGAAAAAUGGAAAUUAGAAUUAAAUCGACAAGAACCAAUUAUGUUUACAAUUGAUGAUAAUAAUAUGACUUCAUUUAUAGAUGUUAAAGCACAAUUUUUGAAACCAAGAUAUAUAGUUGAUGAAGAUGUUAUGAUUGAAGUAAUUAUAAGAAAUUCAUUUUCUGGGAGUAUAGAGUUUUCUAAGGUGUCUGUAACAAUCAACAGCCCUGGUUUCAAUACAGAAAUUGUAGUUGCUAUCCCUCAGCAUAAUAAUGUUGAUCUUGUAUUCUCUAGUAAUCAAAUUAAAAAAUUUUAUGGUCAAUUUGGAGCACCUUCUUUAUGUGAUAGUAGUGAAAUUCGUAUUGGUACAGUCACAUUGUUUAUGGGAAAUGAAACUCAAUGUUGUAUUGUUCUAAGAUUUCCAGCUGCAGGGAAAGAAACAAAUCUUUUACAUCGUUUGUAUCCUGAAAUACAAUUAUUACAUAGUGGGAAAUUCGAAACGAUAAAACCGUUAAUAACAACAGAAAUAAAAAGGAAAGAAAGUGAUGUUAAUAUAAGUGCAAAAUCUAAUAAUCCUGCAUUAUUAGGAGAAUGGGUACCUAUUAUAAUACAUGUAACUGCUGAAGACUAUAUUACUGUAGCAUCCUUGCAUGUUGGUUUUCAAAUGGAUGGAAACAAUGAACAGUCAACUGAUUUAAGUAUGACAAUGUUAACUAAACAAUCACAAGUAUUAAUUGAAAUAGAAAAAACAGGUAAAAAUUGUAUAAUUGAAAAAACUGUAUAUAUGCGAGCACAUAAAGUGGGUAACAGAAAUAUUAUCAUAAAAGUAGAAUAUUGUUAUCCAAAUGAAAUAAAAGGAAGCAAAGAAAUUGUACAUUCUAUACCAGUUAGUAAACCAUUUGAAGUAACUACACGAUUUUGUACUAGUCUUUUAGAACCAUUGACAAAAGGUUUUAUUCACGAGCCUUUUGUUGUCAUGCCACAUAUUUCAUGUACAUCACCUUGUCCAAUAAAAAUUCUUGAUACUUCAAUUGAGUUGGGAGAACUGAUACAAAAGGAAAAUAAUCAAAAUGAAGAUAGUAUUUUAGCAGGAACAGUACUUUCUGAUGGUGAAGCAGGUACAGAUGUAUAUUGCUUAAUAGCUAAAGCUGGCAGUGAACAACCUGUCAGUAUAGGAGUGUAUACUAUUAAAUGGAUACGUGCGAAUGAUGAGACUGCAUCAGAAACUAGUAGUAGUGUAACAUUAGCUCCAUUGUGGAUAGAAGAUGCAGUAAUUAGUUUAGAAACUAGAUUACCAGCUCAUGGUUGGGUAUGCACACCACUUUACAUAUCAUACAUUAUCCAAAAUCAUUCUGAUUAUUUGAUUACGUUACGCUUAACAAUGGAAGCUAGUGACGCAUUUAUGUUUGCUGGACAAAAACAGGUUGAUAUUUAUAUUCUUCCAAAAAAUGAACGAAGAGUAGAGUGGAUUUUACGUCCACUCGUCGCUGGACUCGUGGCAUUACCUAUAUUAUCUCUAACUGUACCUACUGAUGAAGAACAUAAAUUAAGUAAAGGACGCCUUUCGGAAAUGCUAGAACGUUCAUUACCAAGUCAUAUUUAUAUAAUGCCUAAAUCGCAAUCUAUAGAUGAUUAAACAUAACGUAUUUAUUUAGAAAUAAUAAAUAUAUUUUACACAUAAUUUCAUGUGUAUUAGAAAUAUAUAAUAUAUAUUAACACCAUAGAAACGCAUUUGUGUUUAAUACAAUUCUUAAAUUAAAAUUAUUUUAGCGUUAAAAGAUUUUUAUUUUUAUGAAAAUUUUUUUUUAAUUAUAUUUAUUUUAAUAUCAUAUUAUUCGGUUUAUUUUAACUAGUCUUAUAAUUCAUAUUUAAUUCAUUAUUUGCAUCUAAAAUGUGAUGUCGGUAAAGUAUUAAACUGUAAAAAUUUUUUACCGCAUUAAUAUCGAUCAUCGUUACCAACGUUACUAGUUACGUUACAGUGUUUCAAUGUCACCCUUACUAAAGGACACCAUAUUAGAGGGCCUUUUAAUAAUUUCAUAAAAUUAUUACAAAAAUUAACUGUUAAUAAAAAAAAUGAUAUUGAUAAAAGUGUAUAUUGAAUAUUUGUAAAAUAAAAAACAUGACACUAUGAAAUAUAAUAGACAUAGUAACAACGAAGAUUGUGAUGGACGUUCCUGAGAAAACUCAAGCUUCUUUAAAUUCGCAACUAAAUUUUGAAGAAUCGCAACUAAGAAAUCAAAAACUUUUAAAGGUAUAAACAGUAAAAUUUUAUAUUUAAUACAUGAUUAGCAUUUUACGGCUACAAUAUAUUUUAAUUCUUCCUAAUAAUAAAUUGUAAAAAUAAAUUGUAAAAAAAUAUUGAUUUCGUAUGAUUUUCAAUUUUAUUAUUAAUUCUCAAAUUAUCAAGUUCACAUUUAUAAUUAGUAUUUGAUAAAAAAUAUCUUUUCACUGAUUUUAUGUCAUGAAAAAAAAUUUCAACAGUUCGUGAACAAUUGUGAGUUAUACUUAUUCAUAUCGAUAUCGCGUUUUAUGACUCACUUUUCGCGUGUAGAUAGUUUUAAUAAUUUCUGAUAAAUAUUCGUGUAAAUAGUACUGAAAUGGAAAAAAGUGAAUUUUUUUAAGACGGAGGAAUAAAAUCGUCGGAGGCAAUUCUGUAUUCAAAAUGUAUUCUUUCAUCUUGAAUUUAGUUUUAUUUAAAAUAUAUAAAAAUAUAAAAAUUCUGUUGACACAUAUAUACGAUAAAGUAUUAUAAUGUUUUAUUAGAUCUGCAAUUUUAAUCAAUACAUAGAAGACACAUAAAAAUUAUCGUAUUAUUAAACUAUGAUACACAAUAGGACUUGGAGCUUUCUAAAGCACGUUUGAGAACUCUCGCGGCUUAUACACCUACCGAAGAAGAAUUACAACAAAUUGCUUCAAUUUAUCGAAAACAUCUUCAAAAGAGAUCAAGUUCUUAAUCACAUUAUUAAUCUUCAUCCAAAACAUUUACAAUGAUGAAUGUUGUUACGAUCUAAUAACUCGAGCCGAACGAACAAACUUUCAAUUGAAAAGUUUGUUAAUCGUCAGGAUCGAUGGAUCAGAUCGUUUAGCGGUAAAUUUAACUCGCUUAUAUGUAAAUUAGUAUAAGUAAUUCGUAUUAAAUAUAUUAACUACAUAUGUGUGUAUAUACACAUAAAAAUAAUUCAGUAGAAACAACAUUUAAAAUUAUGAUAAAAAAAAAAAAAAUAGUAAUCAAAAAUAAUAGCGAACAUAGCUGUGCCCGCUUAAUACGAUCAUUUUAAUAUAUUUCUUUAGUAAUAUACAUUUUAUAUUUAUACGUAUAUAUAUAUAACUGAUGAAGUCAAUUCGUAAAAGAAAUAGUUAUUAUGAUAACAAUCAACAUAUGUUAUAAUCUCUAAGUUAAGACACCUUGAUCUUUUAUGUUAAUCAAUAAUUUUUUCAAAAAUGAUGAAAAUGUAAUAUAUAUUUUUCCGUAAUUACGUACAAGAAAUAUUACUUACACGUAAAUCAAAAAUCGAACUGUUAUAUUUCUUAAAUUUCGGUUGUGUAUAUUCUGUAGAUUUCGUAGCAGGGCACAAAUUUAAAAGAGACAAGUCCAUACGACGUUCACCUGUAGGAAUGACAUUCAUAUUCAUUUUCCAUGUUGUGGCUGCACUAUCAUCGACAGUAAUUACCAGCGCAUACAACGUGGUAUGUUCGAUAGGACAGCCACGUUUCCUGAACUGUCCUGAUAAGAGCCGAAGACAAUAAAUUGUCGGAAUGCUACUACACGGUUUUAUUUUAAAGCCGUGCUAUAUACAUGUAUCUAAUCUUGACCUUCUGAAAAAAAUGUAACUUAUAAAUCUUUCAUUUAUUAUAUUAUAAAUAUUAUAGGUCUCUUUUGCAACAUAACGUUAAACGCGUUAUCUUCGAUUUUAUCUUGGAUAAAUGUAUAUCCUACAAAAUUAUUUAAAAACUAUACACACAUCAUUUAUCAUAAAGCCGAUUAAAAAUAGUUACGAAGUUCAAUCAUAAAUUUCUAAAAAUGCAAUAUGACAAAUGAUUCUCAUUUUAUAAAAGUUUUAUUUUUUAAUCGUUAAAAAGUCAGAAAAGACCAACAUCUGUAUUUUAAUAAUUUACUUACCUACAUAAUUAUAAAUAUUAUGUUAAUAACACAUUUCUAUUAUAAAUAUGUUCCGCACACUUCUAAAUAUUCGAAGAAACUGAGAUAAAACAGUUGUAACAAGUAAAAUGUUACUACAUAACUUUAAAACUCAACGUGGCAUAGCAACGACAACUGAAUAAAUAAAAUGCGACUGUACGACAUCGUCAUUGUGAACCAAAAACAUCUGUAUCAAUAUGUUUAUUAUCUUCAAAAAUAUCCUUUUCUUCUAUAAUAUGAAUAAAUAUAUAUAAUAUAUGAAAA